AUGGAGGGAGUGAGGGACACGGAGAAGAUCCUCGCUGCCAUGCGUGAUAUGAUUGCUCCUCUGUCGUCGUCGGUCGCCAGCCUGUCCAGUCAGUUGAAUCUCGGCGUUCAGGAGAUAAACCAACAGAUCUCGGGAAUCCAGGGUCAGAUGAUUGCAGCUGAGAAGAACUUCCAGACACUUCAGCAGGCGCACACGGAACUGGCAAAACAGACGGCAGCGAAUUUCGAGCAGAUGCGUGUGAUCCACGAACAGGCCCUCCUGCAGUGCAUACAGGACCGUGAGACCGCAGAAUCCGCUCUCCGUGAUGAGCUCAAAGGAAUGAUCCAGACGAUGCGUGACGAGAUCCAGGACAUUCAGAAA